AUGGAAAUAUGGACCAAUGGGAUGAUGGAGGAGACUUCAGUUGUGCAUCAUUUGUAUGUUUGGAUGAGGAAUGCUUGGAUUAGGAGUACUGGCCCUAGAGACUGGGAUGAAAUCAUUGGUAAUAUCCCGUCAAUUGUGACGGAAGAGAUGAAUAGUGACCUUCUUGCCCCAAUUACAGAAGAAGAAGUUAAAGCAGCGGCUGUGCAGUUGGGUGCUUGGAAGGCUCGUGGCCCAGACGGGUUUCAAAUCUAUCUAUAUCAAAAAUUUUGGAAGAUCAUGAGCAAUAUUGUUUCAAGUGCUGCUAUUGAUUUCCGUAAUGGUUCGUGCAGCUUGGAAGAGAUAAAUAAAACCUUUAUUGCCUUGAUUCCAAAGGUCCAAACCCCUGAAAACACAGUGUCAUUCUCCAUCAUUUUAAAUGGUAAGCCGGUGGAUUUUUUGCCUAUCGAGGUUCAGACAGGGAGACCCACUUUCUACGUACCUUUUCUUGCUGGUCAGUGA